AUGGGAUACACCGGCCGGCUCAAGGACACCAGCAAGCACGACAACAAGGGCAAGAAGUGCGUGGUUGAACCGAACACUUUCACCGAUGCUUCCAUGAAAGCGAAUGAAUCUUCAAUUGUUUUGACUCCUCUUAAGACCGAAACCCUCAGACACAGCGUGGAUGCUAUUCCACAUCUAACAACAACGUCUCAAUUGUACCAAGGCUACGUGGGUGAAAAGGCUGUUGAGCGUGGAAUGGCCGCCCAGGUUCUCGAGAGAUGGGUUCACCGUGCUAAAUGUGCUCGCUAUAACAAGAAUGAAGGAUUGGGGACAGCGUAUCCGCCUUUUGAGACAGAGAUUGGCAUCAACCCUGUCAUUAAGGGUGCGUUUCUCAGCGAUGAUGACCUCACUUCAAUAACCCGCCAAGUUCACAAUACUGGAGACUUUGAAGUCUUUGGGGGCCCAAAUGUUGGAGAUAUCGAGGCAAAGCCUGCCUACACUUUCCAAGAGGUGUUGGGGAGAGUCGUCGACGGCCACGACCAUGAUGGCGUCUGUGGAACUCAGGCUUGCCAUCUUUUUGGCAUAUCGCCAGGAAUAGGCUUCGCCCUCUCCACCGACUCUGCCAAAUCUCUCGACGAUUCCGACAGCUUCGCCACCAACGAAUCGACGCCGCCAACUAGCCCAGACAUUGCGACAGGCGAGCACACGCCUUCUCCCAAGCCGAAUCACCUUUCAGGCUACUUUAAGUAUUCGACCAAGCCCGCUGCCCCAGUCGAGCCCGAGCCUACUCCGAUGAUUCCCCAGCGCUCUCCUACGCACACCAAGAACAACUCGGUCGAUGCCGUUGCCAGGUCGCAAUCCAUAUCCCGCAUUUCUCGAGAUUCAGAUCUGUCUGCCGCAUCCCGGAGUCUGCAGGCCUUCUCCCGAACGCCGUCCGUAUCCGCGUUUGAAGCGUUUGUAUUUUUUGGGCGGAAGGUCGAUGAUCUAUUCUGCGGGGCCUCGUUUCUAAGAAUAGCUGAGUUGGUGAUAAUGUAA